GUGGUGGCCAAAAUGGCGGCCGUUGCGCUUCGUCAUUGAAGAGGUGCGAGCGAUCGCGACGUCGUGGAUAUAUUCGCCCCCGGAAUAUACGCCCUUGCAUGAUUCGCACGGCCGUGAAGUGAUCUACGUAUUAUGUCAUCGUACACGUUCUCGCAGAAGCUGUUCACGCCGACGCCACCGGAACGCGGCAGUUUCCCGCUGGAUCAUGAGGGCCGUUGUAAACGUACCAUGAUCAAGUAUAUGCGCUGCCUGGCCGAGAAUCGCAAUCAGAACACGAUGUGCCGCGACAUCGCCAAGGAGUAUCUCGGCUGCCGCAUGGACCACGAUCUGAUGGCGCGCGAGGAUUGGUCCAAGCUCGGCUUCGCCAACGAAACCAGCGACGUGUCCAGCGAAACGUAACGCCGAGAU